AUGCAUGCCCCCAGCGCUGAUUACGAUCUCUAUAUACGCCAAGAGCCAGAGAGGGCCAAGACGAUAGCUGACACCGUCCCAGACCGUAAAACAAUUGAUCCGCCUCCCGCAAUUCAACUCCAACAUAUCGAUCCUAGUGAUCCCUCACACCUGAUAGACCAGGAUCUUGGUAAGCAUGGCAAAGUAUCUGCUGGGUGUGAAGAUCCAAACGCUCCACCUCAACCUGCAUUACUUGGCAUGCUGGUUUCUUCCCUUCACAGACUGAAAGACACGAAUAAUUUGGAUGCUGGCUUCUUCGUUUUUGGUGAUCUUUCGGUUAAGCUAGAGGGGAAAUUUCGUCUACGGUUCAGCCUUUUCGAGAUUAAAAAUGGCCAGGCUGAAUACAUUAAAUCCGUCAACUCUGCGGUAUUCGAAGCCAAGAAAGCAGCUCGAGAUCAUUAUCUCGCCAAGAAGGAUCUACACUUCAAAGUCCAACAGAACAGGGUAGCGCGUUUGCCACGAGUCUUCGAGAUUCGAAUUCUGGGUACGCCGAUCGGACCUCAAAACGACACAAGUAAUUCCAGAGACGAUCGUAUUGUACAAAAAGCUGACUCGAAGUUUUUAAGGUAUACUCACAGUGGAAGUACGUCCAGCGAUUUGUAUGCAAACCAAUUUCGCCAAACCAUCCCCCCAUCUUACCAAUCUUCCUCAUACCCACAAGCGACGCAGCAGCAUCCGAUGUUUGCACAUCAACUUUCCUUUGGUCAGGAGCGAAUGGAACCCUCGACCUCGAUUCAAUCCGAAGUAGCCGAUUCCCCUAGCUGGCUUGGUCUCUCUGCGCAGCAACAGCAACAGUAUGGACGUCCGCCAAGCUUCAUGCAAUAUGAACCUACACACCCACCGGUACCUCCAGAAAGACAAUUGCCAUCUUCCACACCAGCAAUAUUUAGUUUUGGAGGGGGUCAUCAACGAGUGCUAGAGCAGGGCUCCUAUGGCUCAGAGCCAGGUCAGCCGCAGUAUUGGGACGAGCAGCGACAUGUGGUAGGUCGAAGGUCUAGCUAUGGUACUCAAGACAAUUACCCGCAGCUUCCAUCAAGGACCUUGCCCGCACCAAGUCAGCCGGUAGGCAGCGCGUCGAACCCAGGUUCCCACACGGCUGGAGGGCCACCAGUAACCUCUGCAGGCUUUGAGCGGGGCAUGGGUGCAUACCAAAAUAGUAGCUACUACCCAGGGCAACCACCUUUCCGUUGA